AUGGUAUCCAAACUGACACUGACCCUCCUCUUUCUCUCUCUUUCUCUCUCUCUCUCCGACAGCCGUGCGAUCAAGACCAACCAGGACCUUCUCCCCGAGACCCCGUGGACCAACGUCCUGUAUGAUGACUUCUGGGGCACCCUGCUCACCCACAGCGGAAGCCACAAGUCUUUCCGACCCCUCUGCACCCUCUCUUUCCGCCUCAACCAUGCCCUGGGCGGCCUGCGCCCCUGGGGCUACCACCUGGUCAACAUGGGCCUCCACGGGGCUGUCACAGGCCUUUUCACUGCCCUCUGUCGCCCCCUCCUGGGGGGAGGUCCGUGGAGUCUUCUGGUGGGGCUCCUCUUCGCCUCCCACCCGGUGCAUACGGAAGCCGUGGCGGGGGUGGUGGGGAGGGCCGACGUCGGUGCGGCACUGCUGUUCCUCUUGUCUCUUCUCUGUUACACAAGGCACUGCGGGCUCCGCUCGGCCUACGCGGCCUCUUCUAGGGACUGUCAGACCAGGGGCUGUGGUAGACUCCGAGCCUGGACGUGGAUGUGGCUGCUGGGGAGCCUGGUCUGCGCAGCGUCCAGCAUGCUGUGGAAGGAGCAGGGAGUCACGGUGCUGGCCGUAUCAGCGGCUUACGACCUCUUUGUGUUCCAGCGGCUCCGGUUCCGCCAGAUGGUGGUCGUGCUCCUGAGGAAGAAGAGGAACACCACUGUACUGCUGAGUCUGAGUGUGUUGAUCUCCUGGGGCGUGCUUCUCCUGGCUGCUCGUCUCUACUGGAUGGGUAACAAGCCCCCCAACUUCUCCAACUCAGACAACCCGGCGGCCGACUCGCCGCACCUUCUCACGCGAACUCUGACCUUCCUCUACCUGCCCGCCGCCAACGCCUGGCUCCUCCUAUGCCCUGUCCAGCUCAGCUUUGAUUGGUCCAUGGACGCUCUACCGCUAAUCAAGACCUUUGCUGAUUGGAGGAACCUUCACACCGUGGCCUUCUAUGCUGGAUUUACUCUCCUGGCCUGGUAUGGCCUCCGUAGCAGUAGCAGCCCCGACUCCAAGGCCAAGGAGACCAAUGGGAAAGCUCACUUGGUGAAUGGGAAGGCCCUCACCAAUGGGCACAGCUACCAUCCUCCAGACGGCAACCACAACAUAAACUCAGAACAGGGCUCUCCAAAGACCAAUGGGAAAACCACCCUCAAUGGGAAUGGGUUCACCAAAACCUACCAAUGUUCCCCUCGGACUACCCACCCCUCCCUCCCCUCACUUGCCACCCUCCCCGCCACGGAGAACGUGGUGGUCUUCUCCCUGGGCCUACUCUCGCUGCCCUUCCUCCCGGCCACAAACCUCUUCUUCUAUGUGGGCUUUGUGGUGGCCGAGCGGCUGCUGUACAUACCCAGCAUGGGCUUCUGUCUGCUGGUGGCGGUGGGGAUCCGGGCCCUGUACGUCAGGCUGAGAACCAGGGGCCCCAGGGUCGUGCUGCUGGGUCUGUGCGCGGGCCUGGUGCUGCUGUACGGCAUCAAGACGGUGCUGAGGAACAGGGACUGGAGCAACGAGGAGAUGCUCUACAAGUCAGGGAUCAGUGUUAACCCCGCUAAAGCAUGGGGAAACUUGGGAAACGUCCUGAAGAACCAGGGCAAGAUGGCAGAGGCGGAGAGGGCGUACCGGAAUGCCCUGUAUUACCGGGGAAACAUGGCUGACAUGUUGUAUAACUUGGGUUUGCUGCUUCAAGAGAACCACAGGCCCUCAGAGGCACUGCAUUACUAUAAGCUGGCCAUUGGGAGCAGGCCAACUCUGGCGUCGGCCUACUUGAACACGGGCAUCAUCCUGAUGAACCAGGGCGGUAUGGAGGAGGCCAAGAGGACCUUUGUAACCUGCGCUGAGAUCCCAGAUGAGAACCUGAAGGACCCCCAUGCCCACAAGAGCUCUGUCACCAGCUGCCUGUACAACUUGGGCAAGCUGCUCCAUGAGCAGGGCCUGCAGGAGGAUGCUCUGUCUGCCUAUAAAGAAGCGGUGCAGAAAAUGCCGAAGCAGUUUGCACCUCAGAGUCUCUACAACAUGAUGGGAGAGGCCUACAUGAGGCUGAAUAGGCUGGAGGAGGCGGGCCACUGGUACAGGGAGUCGCUCAGGGCCAAACCCGACCACAUCCCCGCACACCUGACCUACGGGAAACUCCUGUCCAUCAUUGGGCAGAAGAGUGAGGCAGAGGGUUACUAUCGAAGAGCCAUUCAGCUGGACCCUUCCAAAGGAAACUGCUACAUGCAUUAUGGCCAGUUUCUGCUGGAGCAGUCUCGUCUGGCGGAGGCAGCCGAGGUGGCAGAGAGAGCUGCAGAUCUGGACAGCUCAGAGUUUGAUGUGGUCUUCAGUGCCGCUCACAUGCUCAGACAGGCCAGUCUAAACAAGGCAGCAGAGCGGCAUUAUGAGCGCGCGGCAAACCUCAGACCAGACUACCCGGCGGCCUUGAUGAAUCUGGGCGCCAUCCUCCACCUGAAUGGGCGGCUGCCUGAGGCGGAGACCAACUACCUGCGGGCGCUGCAGCUCAAGCCUGAUGAUGUCAUCACCCAGUCCAACCUGCGCAAGUUGUGGAACAUCAUGGAGAGGCAGGGUCUGAGGACCACGCAGGGGCCUUGAACCCUCAAAGACACAGGAAACCAGGAAAUUGCCCCAAGUGAGGUCCCCUUAAUAGGAGUGAAGGACCUAAAAAGAGGCGGGAAACCCCCGGAAUGGAGCAAAUAGAGACCAGGGGAUUGGUGUGCCCCAGGGAUGAAUACCGAGUCCAACCCAAUCUGUUUGAGAUCAGUAGUCUCAUUGGAAACAUAGUAAGGGAAGGACUGAUGGUUUCUUGGUCCGAUAUGACGACCUGAGCUGGGCCGAAGGACAGUCGAGUCACAUCAGGAUGGGAGAGGUUAGCUACACAAGUCAACACAGCAAGGAUGACAACCCUUGGCUACUCAGAGGCAGUCUUACUGAGGUCACAAGGCAAGGACUGGGAUAGUCUGGGACACAAGGCAAGGACUGGGAUAGUCUGGGAUAGUCCUCAAUAAGACGAAAGCUGAGGGUUAUGUGAUGACUCGUUUCUCUGGGCCCAUUUUUUAUUUAUUUACUUUAAUUUUAAAUUCUCCCUCCGAGACCUGUGUGUUUUCCGAAAUAACUUAAUUUGAGUUAGGAUGUGACUAUGGAACAGAAGUCAUAAUUCUACUCCAUUUGAUGAUAUCAUGAAGGCUUUGGGGGCCAAACAUUGUACAUGCUGUUGAUGCACGAUAAACAAGUUGGCCUGAAUAUUUGCGUUACAUACAGUAUAGUACGGUCUGGGUUUCAUGCUGAUUGCACAUAAAGUUGCCCUGCGCUUAUCAUGACAGUGAUAAAUUCAAGAAAAAUUUCCAAUAGUCCAAUAAGACAAAACUAUAAAAACUACAAAUUAUUCCAUCAAGGAUGCCAACAUAUCCAAGGCACAACAUUUAUUCACGCCCAACAGUAGGUAUUUUUAGACUGUGCUAAAGGUGUACAUUGUCUUAUGUAUCAGGAUAUCCAGCAGACAAGUUCUUCCUGAUGCAUGUUAUCUAUUUUAUUGUAAUAUAAUAAUUAAGAGGUUUUAUUUCAUCAGAAGAUUAUUAACUUAUUGAUUUGCGUUUACUGUCUGUGUCAACACCAACACCUACACACACACACACACACACACACACACACACACACACACACACACACACACACACACACACACACACACACACACACACACACACACACACACACACACACA